AUGGGUAGUACAUGCUCUGGUAAUAAAGACAAUGAACAAUCGAUGAGCUAUCUCAAAAACAAACCGAAAAUCUCACUAGCUGAACAAUCAACUCAAAGUCAAUCAGAUAAUUUUUCUAGAACUAAUACACAUACAUAUGCUCCAGAAGAUAUUCUCGAUGAUGAUUUUGAAGCGGAAAUUAUUAAAGCCACUGCUGAAUGUAUGGCUUCUAUGCAUAUAGAUUUUUAUGAUGAACAUAAUCCUACUAUCGAUGAUAUGUAUCGUUCAACAUCUGAGCCUUAUCGUAUUCCUCGUAACUCGGAUUAUCCAGAUAAAAAUGAAAUGAUAAUUAAUGAGACGAAUCAUAGAAAAGCAACGUACAAUGAAGUGAAACAACAGCUCUGUGAUCGAAUUAAUGAACGUAUAAAAGCAUCGUUUGAAUUGCAAACUGCUGAUUGGGAACCGUCAUCUCGAGAAAUGGCUCAUUCAUUCAUCAUAGAAUUUAUUGCAAAUCUUGUCGAUGAAAAAAUGAAUCAUUCAAAGCUUAAAUAG